AUGGCUAUUGCGUACUGGCGUGACCUCGCCGGAGGCCAACAUGACUGGUCGGACUCAGAGUUUGAAUAUCCUGUGCAGCUAAGCAAGAAGCAGAAGUCUCCAGCAGGCUCCAAGCGCAAGGCUACGACGAGUUCCAACGAGGCUAGGUCGGACUCAGAGUUAGAAUAUCCUGUGCAGCUGAGCAGGAAGCCGAAGUCUCCAGCGGGCUCCAAGCGCAAGGCGUCGAGUUCCAACGAGGAAGCGGCUAGAUCUACCACUAAGAAGAAGCCGGCUGGAGAUCUCUUCGCAAUUAUUCGCGACGCCGAGAAGGUCGCGAAAACCUGCCCAGAGCAGCAUCAGCUGGGCUCCAGUAUCGUGACGCGAGUUGCCAGCGGUCACGUUCGUCGCGCCGCUCCCACGGAAGGGGAGUUUUAUGUGGAGCUCAAGGUGUAUAACACCGUCGAUGCUGCCAGUACCACCUCACAAGAAAGGUGGAAGAAGGCUCUGGUGACUGUUCGGUUGCAAGCCGAUCAAGACACGCCUCACUGGGAGGCCUUACAAAAAUUCAUGAAGAGUGUAUACACACUCUUCGAAGACACCGAGCCAACAUUUUAUGGCGAAAAAAUAAACAUAAAAUAAUAAUAUAAUAUUAUAAUAAUAAAUAAUAUUUUAUGUUUAUUUUUUUAUAUCAAAUAAUAAUAUUAUU